UCUAAUCCAUUGCUUUUUUUACAUGCGGUCAAAACUCAUCAUGAAGUCCCAGUGGACAUUUUUGCUCCUGCAUGCUUGUUUAUUGCUGGUCGUCGGCUUAGAUUCGGAAGUUAAAUAUCAUCCUGAAACCGAUGAGGUCAACUACAGGGAUCCGUGCAAGGCAGUGGCGUUUGUGGGAGACAUCGCUCUGGAUAAGGAUGACCUGCACUUCUUUAGACGAGACUUGACUGAGAAGGAUCUUCCACACACCACUUCACACUCUAAUAACACUGUCGCAGAAACAGAUGCCGCAACCAACAGGAGCCAACAGAGCUUCAAAUUUUGGGACAAUGUGAAGAUUUCUCGUAAGACCAGAGCUGCUACUGCAAAGACUGAAAGAAUUUGGCCUGACGGUGUCAUUCCUUACAUAAUAAGCACCAAUUUUAGUGGCAGUCAGCGAGCCAUCUUUAAACAGGCCAUGCGACACUGGGAGCGACACGUCUGUGUAACCUUUGUAGAAAGAACGGCUGAGGAGAGCUACAUCAUCUUCACGUAUCGGCCAUGUGGAUGCUGUUCUUAUGUGGGUCGGAGGGGUGACGGGCCCCAGGCUAUCUCCAUUGGCAAGAACUGCGAUAAAUUCGGAAUUGUCGUUCACGAACUGGGUCAUGUGAUUGGCUUCUGGCAUGAGCAUACACGACCCGACCGGGACACACACGUCAGCAUUAUUAGAGAGAACAUACAGCCAGGCCAGGAGUAUAAUUUCCUGAAGAUGGACCCAGAUGAGGUGAACUCAUUAGGAGAGACGUACGACUUCGACAGCAUCAUGCACUACUCCACAAACACUUUUUCCAGAAGCAUCCUCCUCGAUACAAUUCUGCCUCGCUAUGAUGUGAAUGGAGUCAGACCCACUAUAGGUCAGAGGAUGAGACUGAGCAAAGGAGACAUAUCUCAAGCACGGAAGCUCUACAAGUGUCCUAAGUGUGGUGAGAGUCUACAGGAUAGCUCUGGAAACUUUUCUUCUCCUGGAUUCCCUAAUGGAUACGCUGCUUACACAGACUGUAUAUGGAGCAUUUCUGUUACACCUGGGGAAAAGAUCAUCCUUAAUUUCACCUCUAUGGAUCUCUACCAAAGUCAACUCUGCUGGUAUGAUUAUGUGGAGGUACGAGAUGGAUACUGGAGGAAAUCACCUUUAAUAGGCCGUUUUUGUGGAGAUCAAGUUCCAGAUUCUCUUGUUUCAACCAGCAGUCGUUUGUGGAUUGAGUUUCACAGCAGCAGUAACUGGGUCGGAAAAGGAUUCUCCGCCGCAUAUGAAGCAAGGUGUGGUGGGGAAAUGGAAGCUGACAGUGGACAGAUUCAGUCACCUAACUACCCUGACGACUAUCUGCCCAGUAAAGUGUGUGUGUGGAAGAUGACAGUGACUGAAGGGUUUCACGUGGCACUUUGCUUCCAGGCAUUUGAGUUGGAAAGACAUGACCGAUGUGCAUACGAUUACGUGGAGGUACGUGACGGUAACUCGGAGAGUGACCCGCUGCUUGGACGAUUCUGUGGCAGCCAAAAUCCACAAGAUAUCAAAAGCAGCUCCAACCAACUUUGGAUGAAAUUUGUCUCAGAUGGUUCUGUUAAUAGAGGUGGAUUUGCUGCAACCUUCUUUAAAGAGGUGGAUGAAUGCUCCAGACCUGAUAAAGGUCAGUGCAUUCAGAGGUGCAUUAAUACACUGGGAAGUUAUCACUGUGCGUGUGACCCUGGAUAUGAACUUGCCACUGACCGACGCAGCUGUGAGGCAGCUGCGUGUGGAGGUUUCCUCACGGCGUUAAACGGCUCUGUGUUCAGUCCUGGCUGGCCUCAUGAAUACCCACAUAAUAAACACUGUGUGUGGCAGCUCAUCGCUCCUCCACACUACACCAUCACUCUGUUGUUCCACAGCUUCGACACAGAAGGCAAUGAUGUGUGUAAAUAUGAUUAUGUGGAGGUCCGCAGUGAAUCCAGGCUACACGGGAGGUUCUGUGGAGCUGCGAUUCCAGAGCCGAUCACCUCAGACUCCAACAUCCUGCAUGUGGAGUUUAAAUCCGACAGCACCGUUUCCCGCAGAGGCUUCACAGCCACCUUCUUCUUCGAUGUAGAUGAGUGCUCUCGGGAGAACGGCGGCUGCCAGCACCAGUGUGUGAACACAUUUGGGAGUUACAGCUGUCGGUGCCACAGCGGCUUUACCUUACACACCAACAUGCAUGACUGCAAGGAAGCCGGUUGUGACCAUGUGAUCACCAAGAUCCCUGUAUCCAUUAUGAGCCCCAACUGGCCAGAUAAAUAUCCCAAUAAGAAGGUGUGCACUUGGGCCCUAACCACUAUGCCAGGUCACCGAAUCAAACUGUCAAUUAAUGAGAUCGACAUGGAAAGCCAUCUUGAAUGUUCCUACGAUCAUCUCAAUGUUUAUAACGGCCCUAACGAUGCAUCGCCUAGUUUGGGCCGUUUUUGUGGAAGCAAAAAACCACCACCUGUUAUUUCCAGCGCCAACAAGAUGUUUCUACAAUUUUUCUCGGAUAAUUCGGUGCAGAAACGAGGCUUCGAGGCAUCUUUUACAUCAGUGUGUGGUGGAGAUCUGAAGGCUGAAGUGGAGCCUGGAGAUCUGUACUCUCACGCUCAGUUCAGUGAUAAUAACUACAGCACAGCCGAAGAGUGUGAAUGGGUCAUUUCAGCUGAGAAAGGAUUCGGAGUUAAGCUCAUCUUCAACAUCUUUGAUUUGGAGGAUGAGGCAAAGUGCACCUAUGAUUACAUAGAGCUAUUUGAUGGAAGUGACACUAAAGCACCCCGGCUUGGCCGAUACUGUGGAUCUGGGCCUCCAGAUGACAUUUACUCAGCUGGGGAUGCCAUCGUCAUCAAACUUCACACUGAUGAUACAAUCAGUAAAAAAGGAUUUCACAUCCAGUACACCAGUACUGCAUUUCAAGACACACUUCACACCAGUAAGUGACUCUGUCCAGUGUUCUGGGGCUUUUGACAGCCAUAAAUGCCCACUUAAUUUUUUUUUUUCUCUGUGGAAAUUUUUCUCCAUUCAUGACCAAGAGACUCAAAUCUGAAUCAGAAUGAUUUAUUGCCCCAGAAGGUGGUGUACAAGGAGAUUUUUUAUUUAUUUAUUUUUUUUUUGUUUACGUGUCAAUAGGCAUCUUUUAAAAUCCUGGGCCCUUAUUCAAGAAAACACUUGUGACGAAAUUCUAAGAACUUUCUUAGAAAUGUAGGCUUUCAUCUUAAAAUCCUGGUAAAACUAAAAGUUAAUCACAAUGUGUAUUAACCCUUAAAAGGGCUCAUAAGGUCAAAAAGAGUUAGGAGUAGUAAGGAGGAAUUUAUGGCUUAAGAGUUUCUUUAGCAGAGGAGGAAAUGGCUAUGGUGAAGAGGGAGAAGAAAUGUAUUGUAUACAGUAUUUAAUAAUGAUAGUGAAUUAAUGAGAUUCUACAAAUUAGAUCAUGCAGGGAUUAGUUUUGUGUCCAAUUAUAUUAGAGAUGACAUCUCAGACACAGCAAAGAAAUGAUAUAAUUUGUCUCUUUUUGUACAUUUCUGCUCUGUGUUUGCGAUGAAAAAGUACGUUACAUUUAUUACAUUUAUAACAUGCAGAUGUUAGAGCAUCUCUAAUAUGAUCGGUCACAAACGUAUUCCUUGAUAUAGUCUUAAAUAUCUUAACAUAGAAACAAACUGAAGGCUUAUAAUAGACAAUAUUUUAAAAGCACUCUAAUUUUUUUAUUGGUCAACCAAUCACAGUCUUCAAAACAAUGUGUCACCUAGUAACAGGGUUAAGCCCCGCCUCCUCUCUAAGAUAAAAUUUGUUGUAUUUUCCUUUGCUCAGAGUUGCUCUGAGAUUAGUCCUGAAUCACUCUUUUAAGAGUUUUUGAAGCUAAACUAGGAGCUCUCUCAGAUCAUUUUUCUCAGUCUUUAUAAAUACGGGCUCAGGUUUUUUUUUUGUUUUUUCUUUCUUUAUUUAUUUAACCACGUGAGUCAAUUGAGAACCAGUUCUCAUUUACAAUGACGACCUGACAAAGAGGCAGCAAAAUGUCAGUAAAUUAGAAAAUGGCGCAAAAGGUUUGGCUAAGAAUGAUACAGGCUUGAUUAAUAUUAUGCUAAAAAGUGAGGAAAGCUUAGUCUCUAAACUUCAUGCAGGAAACAUGACAUGGCACACCUGUUUCAAACUACUGUGUCAUUCUGUUGAGUUCCUUAAACCCUGAACACUGUGUCACUGUGUGACACUUAUCUAUACACACCAGGCCAGAAGGAGCUUAAAGCUCUCAUAUUGCCCAUCUUGUUCCUCCUCAGCACUCAGUUAGUGUCACCCAACACCAAUAUCAGUCUCAUGUAGCAGACAGGUGCUAAUAUGCAGUAUUUUGAUCAACUGUGUAUUAAAAUAGCCCUUUAAGCUUAAUAAGCUUUCCUUACUUGUUAGCGCCAGUACAAAACUAAAACAAAACCCAGAUAAUUUCA